UUUCAUUUCUCGGCUCCAAAGGCUAACAACACCUACCAACGACCAUUUCAUUCAUCCGCCCAAAAAAUAAUAAACGAAGAGAAAAAACAGCUACUUUUGGAUCAUUUGGGAACAUUGCUCGUGCUUGAGCUGAGCGUACAAACACCCAUUUUUUCUCAUCCAAUUUGCCGUACAAGGGAAAUAGCGCAAGGCGAAAGAAAACAAUUGAAAGAAGUGGAAGAGUCAAGUGUGAGGUGUGAGAUCUAUGGCUGACGAAUAUAAUAUGAUUUCCGAACUCAGUGAGUUUGAUAACCUCAGUGCUGUAAUUGGGUUUGAGGCUUUCUCAAGUGGGAAGAAGAGGAAGAGAAUGAAGAUGAAGAAGAAUAAGAGGAAGAGGAUGAAUCAGUUUGUGAUUGAUGAUUUAGACGACUUGACUGUUAAUAUGGUAGACAAAGCAAAGCAAGUGAACAUUGGUCAACAUCCAGAAAUGGUGUCAAUGGAAACGGUGGAAACGGAAUCACAUGUGACUAAAAACAGUUCUGUUUUACAGAAGCGCCUUCGUCGAGCUAGAUAUUUUGAUCCUCCUCAAGAAAGUAGUUGUGUGUGUCGUAAUUGUGGCGAAGAAGGGCAUAGAGAAAACAACUGCAGAGCACAAAAGCGAAAGAGACCAUGCUUUGUCUGUGGAACUUUUGAGCACAGUUGGAGACGUUGCAAGCUGCGUCGGAAUUGCUUUUUAUGUAAAGAACGAGGCCAUGUUGCUAGACAUUGCCCCAAUGGAAACCAAGUAGAUAAUCCAAGUCCUAUAAUUUGUCUUAGAUGUGGGGACUCUGGACAUGAUAUGUUUUCAUGCCCCAAUGAUUAUUGUCCUAGUGAUAUCAAGGAAAUACAAUGUUAUGUUUGCAAGUCUCUCGGCCACCUAUGUUGUGUCGAUUCGCGUAGUGGAAUUCUAAUUUCUGACUCUUGUUACAACUGUGGCCAGUCUGGACAUUUGGGUUCAGGAUGCACGAAAACACGUAAAGACAUCCGUGGCGUUUCAAUCAAGCUUUGUCCCACUAAUUUGGAGAAGCAGGUCAUUUUGGCAGAAAAUUCUCAAAUUGUGAAGCUCGGGAAGGAGAUGGAUGAUCGUGUUGGCCUCAACUUGGAAGUAUUUUCUGCUUGAAUGAAUGAGAAAAAUAUAAUGCAGAAACUUUUGGAGAUCAAGAGAAAACUGGAUCCGAUAUGAGAAACAAGACAAGAAUGCGACCGCAGGCUAAUCAAAAUGGAGAUUGUAGCUUGUCUAGCACCAGUGCAGUGGAGAGGCUCCAUAAAAAUGGUUCUGAUCUCAACCCUGCAAAUUUCCCAGUACUGGAUGUGACCCUCUUUUAAGUUCUAUUUCAUUGUAAAGAAGUCAAAUAUUUUGUGGAAAUUCCAACUUCAAAAGCUUGGAUCCAAAGUAUGGAUGUUGAGAUUUGGUAAUUGGGAACAAUGGAACAGAGGCUGGAAGUGAGAAGCUGAAGUUUGGUUCUAUCUGAAUUUCAAUGCAAAGCUGUAUCUGUAUCCGAGUGGUACAAGCAAAAGAGGCAUAGGCCGUGUGGUGUUAGGAAGUAGGAGCUUCAUCUUAUAGGCAUUGUAUUGUAUACAGGUAAGUUUUAAAAUAUGAUAUGAAAAGAUGUACUUUUAAUGCAAUAUGAUGUUUAAAAAAUACCAUCUUAUAUGUUA